UGAAGCAAGUAGCUAUGAGUUUUCUACCCGAAAUUGAAAUUUCCUGGUCUGAGUACCCGAAUAACAUGUCACAGUCUAAAAGCUUCUGCUGUGUGAUUUUUUUUAGUUAUUGUUUUUUUGUGAAUUGUGUUUUGUGAUGAUUCACAUUUGAAGACUUGAGGUUAGUUGUGGUAUUCCUGAAUGACAGGGAAGUGACAAGACCUAGAUUUGACAGAAGUUGAUGGAUGAUUUCUCUUAACUAAAUAACCUAUAAAAUGGCACUCCUGAUGAAGGAUGUUCAACUACCGGGCGUAAUUCCAAAGCUACUACUGGAGAAACAUUCAAAUUAUUUAGUCUCGUAUGGAACAAAUAAAGAUGAUUACAUGUACUGUAUGACAGAGUAUUUAAGAAUGUCCGGCAUGUACUGGGGCUUGACAGCACUGGACCUCAUGGGACAACUGGACCACACAAACAAGGACGAAAUCCUGGGAUUCAUAAAAACCUGUCAGAGCGACUGCGGUGGAAUAAGUGCCAGUUUAAAUCACGAUCCCCAUUUGCUUUAUACACUGAGUGCUGUCCAGAUUCUGUGCAUGUACGAUGCCCUGGACGUCAUUGACACUGAUAAGGUCGUCAAGUACGUGAAAGAACGACAGCAGCCUGAUGGAAGCUUCACUGGAGACGUCUGGGGAGAAGUCGACACUAGAUUUUCGUUCUGUGCAGUUGCCACGUUGUCACUGCUGGGCCGAUUGGAUGCCAUUGAUGUUGAUAAAGCAGUGGAGUUUGUAAAAAGUUGUAUGAAUUUUGAUGGAGGCUUUGGAUCCAAACCUGGCUCUGAAAGCCAUGCUGGAUUAAUUUAUUGCUGUCUCGGGCUCCUGUCUAUCACAGGGCACCUGCACUUGGUAGAUGCCGACAGACUCGGCUGGUGGCUCUGUGAAAGACAGUUACCAUCUGGAGGUCUCAACGGAAGACCCGAGAAAUUACCCGACGUUUGUUACUCCUGGUGGGUACUUUCGUCCCUCACAAUCCUCGGAAAGUUACAUUGGAUUGAUAAGAAACGACUGCUGGAAUUUGUCCUGUCUUGCCAAGACACCGAGACAGGAGGGUUCUCUGACCGACCCGGCGACAUGGUGGAUCCGUUCCACACGUUGUUCGGCCUCACUGCAAUUUCCCUCCUGGAUCCGGAUCACGGGCUCAAGCCAAUUAAUCCUACAUUCUGCAUGCCUGAGUACAUCAUACAGAGAAUUGGAUUGAAACCCUCCAGACUCGAAAGAUGAUGCCAGUCACUAUAAGAUACAAUCAUCACAAACUCAGAAAAAAGCUUCAUCUCACUGAGAUAAAAAUCUUCGUUCAAGAAUUUUCACCUGUUCCAAUGGAGAGAAUUUAAUUACGUGAAAUAAACAAUUUAUCUACGAAAGCGUGUUG